UCGGUAAUUUACAUUCAGGUCUUGGUCUUUGGAGUAAUAUUUCUAUCAUUUGCUUACUUCUAUGACCACAACCUGUUCGAACUGGAUUUCGGACUUUUAUGUUUUCUACAGCUUUAGUCAGAGGAGCAAGGAGUUGCCUUUCCUGCGCAUUCAAGAGAGAUAGCACAUUCUGGUUAUGUUGUCUAAUUAAACAUGUUCCAACCAUUUCAUCAUCCCCUACUGCAACAAGGUCUUUUACUCCUCAUGAAUGCAUACAUCCAAGGACUUACAGAACACUGAAGCAUCUUUCAAGAGGGCCCGAUGUAUCCUCUUUAUCAGGUUUUCUUUUGAUGCAUAGAUCAAAUAUCCUUAGAAGUCAUGGUAUUCUGGGAAACUGGCUCUCUGCCAGAUACAUAAAUAAUGCUUCAAUUGAGAUGAAGACUAACAACAAUGUUGUACGGUUCUCGCUGGAUAAGCUUGAUGAUAUUAGUUCUAAAAUGAGCCAGACAAAGAAAAAAGUUAAAAUGUCUAGAAAGGCUAAACGGAAUGAGCUCAGAUUCUAUCGUUUGAAGGCCAAAAAAAAGAUGAAUUCCCCAAAUCCAGAAGUUAGAAUCAGAUAUAAGCUUGAAAAGGCCAAGCGAAAGGAAACUUGGCUGAUUGAGAAGCUAAGAAAAUUUGAUGUACCAAAACUUCCAGCAGAAACAUUUGAUCCUGAAAUUUUAACUGAAGAGGAGAGGCAUUACCUAAAGCGCACUGGUGAGAAAAAGAAACACUAUGUUCCAGUUGGGAGACGAGGAGUGUUUGGUGGGGUAGUUCUAAACAUGCAUCUUCAUUGGAAGAAUCAUGAGACAGUAAAGGUUAUCUGCAAGCCUUGCAGACCAGGGCAAGUUCACGAAUACGCUGAAGAGCUUGCUCGACUGAGCAAAGGCAUUGUGAUUGACAUCAAGCCUAAUAAUACUAUCAUUUUUUACCGUGGGAAGAACUAUGUACAACCAAAAGUAAUGUCACCUCCAAACACAAUAUCAAAAGCAAAGGCCUUGGAGAAAUAUAGGUAUGAGCAAUCCCUUGAGCAUACUAGCCAGUUCAUUGAAAAGUUGGAGAAAGAGCUUGAACAGUACCGUCAGCAUCGUGCAAAGUUUGAAAAAGGGAAGAAGGACACAGUUAAAAAUGCAACUUUUGGUAUAUAAGAAUGUUAUUGCCAAUUGAUACAAAAGAUGCUUAGUUUAGAAAUAAAAAUGCAAUGAAAAUUUAGUUUUCUUGCUUUUUCC